UCCUCUUGAUUCGUCUUGAAUUCGUCUUCCGGCACGUCUCACAUUGAGACGCGGUGACGCGAUUUUUUUUAGUUGUUACUUUUUUUUUUAUUACAAUUUUCUAUAUGUGUUUUUUAUUUUUUUUAUCAAAUUCGUUUUUCCAACAUGUGUGUAGAAAUGUGGUUUAUUUGUAGUGUUGUUAAUAUUGUGAUUUGAAAUUGUGUGUGAUAUAUUUUAACGAAUGAACGUGUGUGUACCAAUAUUUUCUUAUCCUGGCGAUCAUUUGGAUAAUUCGUUUUGUUUACUUUUCUUAUCGACAAUGAAAAUCAUGGAGUUCCUAACAAGUACUUUGAUUUAUUGGAAUGGAGAUACCGAAGUACUUUAACAAUAGUGGAACAUCAGAGUCUCGGAAUUUCACGAACGUCAACAGUGACAAAAAUAGUGAAAAAGGGGUGCGUAUUCUCUCGGUGGAUAGGAUCACUGUAGAAAAGAUUGUAUUAGAAACUUGUAAAAGUCGAAAAAUACUUUUAACCAAAAGUGAAAGUUCACGAAUUAUUUCUGAACAAAAUAAUAAUUUUUCACAACAAUCUAAAAAUCCUGAUAGUAGGAAUUUUCUUAAAUUAAAAGCAAAUGCCAAGACAAAUUCGCGAAUCUUUGAAAAAAAUGUUAAAGCUUACAAAAAUACGUCAAAAGUGCCAAUUUUAUCGAUUCGCAAUAACAGUAUUCCUUUAACUUAUAAAAUAAGAAUUCGUCCUGUUCGACUGACAAAGACUUCCAUUAAUGAUAGUAAUUUAAAUUUUAAAAAUUACUCGCGAAAGUUACCAAUAAAAUUCGUCAAUGAAAAAGAGAAUUUUUUAUUAAAUGAUAAUAAAUGUAAUUUAGAAAAUUUGUUAAAAAAAGAAACCACGUCAAAUAAAGUAUUAUCAGUUGAGUGUGAUCGAAAAGUCGAUUUCAACCAUAAUAAAGAUAGAAAAUCUCCCGAGGAUAUUGAAGAUAAGAACAAAAAUAUAGAAGCAUAUUAUCGUCUCGCGAAGUGCCAAUACGAAAUUGAACAACUUCAAAAAGUUUUAGGGACUAAAAUCAAUGUCGACACGGUUCAGAUUUACAAAGAAAGACUUCCUAUAUUUGACGUCGAGUCGGUGAAAAUUUUGCCCAUCAUUGACGACGACUAUCCCACUAAAAAAGAAACCGAAAAACAAUUUGAUAAAAGUUUUCUAAAUAAACUAAAACUUUGUACAAAACUUCAAAUUGAGGAAAACAGUUUAUUGGAAACUAAUCUUGAUCAGUCUAUAGAACCAGAAACGGAUCGAGUUUUCGAUACUGUUGAAAAGCAAAAAUACAACAAAAAAGUAGGGCAACUUGAAAAUAAGUGGCACGAGGAUUUAUUGAAAGAUAAUUCAGAGGAAAAUUCGUCCAAUUCUUCGAAAUCAUAUGUCGAACAAUUAGGCAGUGUAUCAUCCUGUGAAUAUAUUAUUAAAGAUAAUGACACAGAAAAAGAAUCUGAUUUAAAAGAAGUCAUUUCAGGUAAAAAUGACUUUUGCGAAGAAAUUAAAUUAGAAGAAGUGAAUUUAAUAAGUGAUUUAAAUAAAAAUAUCAAUUACGAUAAUUUAAUUCUAUUCGCCAUGGAGCCAUGUUCUUCAAAAUCUCCCAAGGAGGAGAAGAAAAAGAAAGGAAUACGACGUCUUCUACCGGGAAUAUUUUCUCCAAAGGAAUCGCGAAAAACACCCAAAAAGGAUCCAAGAGAAAGAAAACGACGUGACGAUAAACAUUUGCCACAAUACCAACAAAAUGGUAAUUAUUCAAAAUCAAUAGAUUCCAUGAAAUUAAAUGAAGACAUAAGAAGAAAUGUGACGUCAGAUCCUAAUAUGAUCGAGGACAGAAUACACGAUAUGAAACAAAAUAUAUUUCCUCUUCAAGGAAUAAUUACAAGUACACCAGAUCAUUUUCUACAAACAGAAUCAAAUUACUCUCAAACACGACACGCUUCAAGACAUUACGAUGCCAAUAAUUCUUCCUAUAAUUUUGUUUCACCCGAAACUGAAUGGAUAGAGCAAAAUAUAAUUAGCGGUUCACCCGAUAUGAGACAAUUGAAAAAUUCCCGACAAAUUGAGACUGAUCGACAUUGUAAUUUAGAAAGAAAACACAGUUUUCAAGAACCAAUUCAAUCUUGCUUCAUUAGAAAUCAUGGAGCAUCGGGAAGAAUAUCAGCGCCACCAUCCGAAAGAUAUCUUAUUCGAUCGAGAGCCGUUCAUCCAAUGGAUCGACCAUUACCAGCAAUUCCACAGAGAAUGCAAUUUGUCACUGAUAAUCAACAGGAUAUUCGUAAUUGUCCUCGUGUCAUUCAGGAAGUUAAUUAUCAUGAAAAUAGAUCUGAAUUUUAUGACAAUAACAGUAUUAAAAGAAUGGAAACCCACAGAAAUCAAUUUAUCGAUACAAAUAUUAAUCAAACUCAAAGUACAGUACAGGUUCAUCAAUCUCGACAAAUAUAUUCCGAUGACAAAAGUAUUCGUGCUCCAAAAUAUUCGCCAAGUUUUAGUCAAAAAUCCGGUGACUAUGCUGAUUCAUCCUAUACUCCAAAUUCCAGUCAAAAGAGUGGAUUUUCUCCAACUAGUUCAAAAAGUGGCGAAUAUUAUCUCAAUUCACCUCAUGCAAGUAGUCACACAUCGCCUUCAAAUAGUUCAGGCGAUAAAUGUGAACCCGAUCUACAAACAUCUGAUUCUUUUUCGAGAUCUAACGAAGAAGUUCUCUACGAUGAUAACCUAAAAAGGAUGAACAUUAAGGAACCGAAACGUCUUUCACCUAAAGGAAAUCAAGAAAUUCCCCCACCAUCAAAAAGUAGUCCCAUUAUUCCAGUGUUUAGUAAUUUUAUCAAAGCACACGCUAAUAUUGAGACUAUUUCCAAAGACGAGAGUUUUAAUGACAAAGAAGUGAGGGAAAUAACAAACAAAAAACUGGAUACUUCUCUAAAAGAUGAGGUUUUCGAGGACAUUAGAAACAAAGAAACUUUGGUUCGGAUUAAGGGUAAAAAUAUCGAGGAUGUUGAAGCUAAAGAGAACUAUGAAAAUAUCGAAGAUCAUGAAAAUUAUUUCCAAGAUAUUAGAAUCAAAGAGAAGAAUUUUGAAGACAGAAGAAUUGAAAAAGAAAAUUUGGAGGUCCUACCUCCCAAUAUAAUACAAUCACCUGACAGAAUAAAAAGGGUUACAUCUCCUUUAAUCAUCAUACCGCCAAUUAGUCCUAUUUUAGGUCUAAAUAAUAUGUUAUCAAAUAAUUCCCAAGGUAUCUUGAAAGAAACUAAUCAGAAAGCAAUGUCACCGCUACCGUAUCAAGAAGUGAAAUUGAAAGUUCCGGAGCCAAUUAAAAACAUAAAUCAAAAUUUACUAUCGCCACGAAAGGCGCAGCCAAGCGAUCAAAUACUCAUAGCAUCACCGAAACGUGAUAUCAUCUACGACUCUCCGAAAAGCCAUCCGAUUAUAAAAUCAGAAUGUCCCGAUUCACCAAUUCCAAUUGUCGAUUCUCCGAGUCAAGCUCUAAAUACAAAACAAUCAUUAAAACAUAUUGUUGCCGAGAGAGCGAUUUGCCUCAGAUCGCCAGAUAAUCAAGAAACAAUUAUCGAAUCCCAUAAAUCUCCCGAAAUAAAUAAAGAAGAAAGUCGUGAGAUUGAAAAUAUUUCACUAAAAGAAGAAUCUUUAAAUAAUCCCUACAGUGAAUCAUCAAAACAAUUUCAGAAUCAAAAUUCAAUUUAUAUUCAGAGAUCACAACCAGUGGAAAGGAAUGUGCAAACUUUAAAUUCAUCUGACUCAUCAUCAUGUGCUAAAAAUAGUGAAAGUGUCGAGCCACUGUAUUCAGGAUCAAGAAUUACUCACAAUCAAGCAAUUAAUACCAAUUCUCCGAAGAUGCAAUCUCCUAAGCAAGAAAUUAAUAUUUAUGAACCACAACAACAAACAACAAAACUUAUGUCACCAUCAAAGAAACAAACCAUGCAUCAUUUGGAAACAUAUUUUUGGCAACAAAAAGCCCUUGAUGCACAAAGAAAAAAUGUGAAUUCACCGACAAUCAUAAAGCAUCAACCACAAAUUCAUCAAGAUGCACCACCUGAAAUGCGAGACGCGAUGUAUUGGCAAAAAUUAAAAAAGUUGGACGAAGAACAACAGCGUAAAUUCUUUGAGCAAAAUCAAAGAGACGAGAGGAAUGAUCCGAUUUAUUGGAAGAAGAAGUUACAAACUUCUCCGACGAGAAAAGUUCAUGGCUCAGCACCCAGCUUGUUUCAACAAACUUGUUCCUCAAUACCAGUUCAAGAGGGUAUUUACUGGGAAAAUAAGGGUCAACGUGCACAAGACAAUGUCGUUGGAAAACCACCAAUAAUGGGUCAAAAGGUGCAAAAUCAACCGGUUUUAGUUGUACGACCACAACCAGUCACACAGGAACGAUCACCGAAAAUUAUCAUCAAAUCAUCAACAGUUGAACAAGAAGUAAAUAGAUGUCAAAGUGCAUCACCUCGUUUCCUUAUUAAUGACGAUUUUAGAAAUACAAAAAGUCCUGGUUUUGAUAGUAAUAACGAUAAAGGAUUUUCAAGAGUUCCAAAUAAGGAUAAAGGAAAUUCGUCUCUCGUUCGUAAACCACAAACACCAUCAAUCUAUGAAGAAGAAAUCGAUGUCGAUAAAAGACCACCGCCUCCUAUUUUUAAAAGAGGAAGUUUAAUCAGCAAUUCAAAUAGUUCUAUUGAAUAUGGAACAAUGGGUCAGAAACGUGUUAGUUUCUCAAAUCAGACCAAUUGUCCAACAACAAUUGGCUAUGGAAAAUGGCCAACAAAACAUGGAAUGGCACCCGAACCACCGACAAGAAAAAAUAAAGAAAAUGAAAUACGAUCACCUCAACAUAUUAUUGAUUCGACGAAAAUUUAUGGCAAUGUUGGACAAUCAUCAACUUCCGAUAUUUAUUCGGGUCAUCCAAGUAAUAUUCCUGUUUAUCAAAAAAAUUGUAAAGUUAAUAAUAAUUUAAAAAAUAUUGAUUGUGAAUAUGAUGCUAAUAAACCCUUGCCACCGCCACCACCGAGAGAUACUACAUCAUGGUCAUUGAGACGUACCGCAAGUUUGAGGGAAACUUCUCGUUCGCCUAAAGUUGAAGCUGUACAAUUAAAAAAUGAUGUUACAAGAAAAUGGAGUGGGUUGAGUGAGAGCGAAAGUGGAAGCGAAGCUGGUGAAGUUCAACGAAUAUUUCAUCGACCUGAAGAAGAAUGGAAUCCAGAUGGUAAAGGACGUCAAGGAAAUGAUAUCGGCGGAACCGGAAGAACGGAGGGUGAAGGUGCGAACGACCUCAGUAGAUGUGGAAGUGGUGGUGGAGGAGGAGGUUUUGGGGGUGGGACCAGGGGCUCCAGUAUUUCAGGAAGUGGAGGUGGGAGUCGUUCAAGGGACGAACCUCGAAGGCAUACCCUCAGCGGCGAUCAUCAGCCGUCCUUACAUCACCAAUUCAAUUCUACUCAACAAAUUCAUCCACUCCAUCCACAUCAUCUACCAACAGCUCAUAGCCAAUACGGAACGCUAACUGGUCGACACACAAUGGAUCUUGAGAUGGGGACCAAAUCUCGACAGAGAAAGGCACCCUUGCCACGAGGUUAUCCACCACCCUCAACAGCGAUGUUGUUUGAUGAUGAUCCGGGCAUCAUGUCCGAAGUGGAGACAUCCAGUACCGGUUUUCGAAGGGGUGGUAAACAACGAAGCAGCUUGCCCGUUGUGCGAACUCCGAGUAAAACUUUAGAACGACCAUUAGGACUGGUAUUCCUGCAAUAUAGAAGUGAAACAAAACGAGCAUUACUUCCCAACGAGAUUACAAGUAUAGAUACAGUAAAAGCAUUAUUUGUCAGGAGUUUUCCAAAGCAACUUACCAUGGAAUAUUUAGACAGUCCUCAUGUUAAAGUUUAUAUUCACGACAGCAGCAAGGAUAUGUUUUACGAACUUGAAGACUUAAGGUACAGAUCACAUCUGAGAGACAUUAGAGAUCGAAGUGUGCUAAGAUUAUUUGAAAGUUCGGAUGGAAUGCCAGGACCUCUUGGUCCUGCGGGUGGUGCUGGUCUUCCACCUCAUUGGGAAGAUCAAAGUUACUUCAGCGAACCCGAAUUUGACAGUGAAUUUCAACAUCAGCACAUUCACAAAUCAAAGAAUGUGAAAAAUUCGUCUGGCAAUUAUUAUAUUGGAGGUAGCAGUACACUUCCUCGUGGAGGAUCUCUUCUUCGUGCUUAUAGUCCAGCGGCAGCAUCAUCAGUUGGACCAAAUUCAACACCAACGCAAGCGAAAACUCUGACCACUCCAGGUGGCGGGGUGGCACCAGCCAAGCCGCUUCGAAGCUACCAGAGUGGCUCCUCUCGGUUCUCGAGAGACAGCUCGGUAUCUCUCUAUAGUAUACCAGAUCGAAUUCAUGGCGAAGGUGGUUACAUGAGUAGUCCAGAGAGAGGAAGUGGAUCUGGACCAGGAAGAUAUCCACCAGUACCGUACAGUGGUGCCAGUAGCUAUGAGGAUCCGUAUUAUUCGCAGUAUUCCGGAACGGUGACACCUGUCAUUGAUGAGGAGGCUAGUGAUACGGAACUAUUGGAGGAAUCAUACAGUCUUUACGGUGUGAAACCGUCAGGUCGCCCACCAUCUGGACCCCUCGCUCGUUCCCCAUUUCCUCCAGGAGCACCCACUAUACCCCCUGUUGGACCCCGGGACGAUGUCACUCGGUUGAGGGUGGAGAACAUGGAACGACAGCUUGCUAAUUUAACUGGGAUUGUGCAAAAGGCUUUAAUACAUCCUCAACAUACCAGUCCAUCUCCGAGGGAUUAUUUGCAAAUUCCCGCUGGACGUGAACCAUACACGAGAACACAAGGCGCAGGGGACGAGUUCGACAAACAAUCUAGUUCCAGCUCUGCCUCACUGCCAGAUGACUCUUACUUAAGGACUGACGCUAAGCCACCAAAAUUAGGGAAAGACAAGUCGGUGUCGUUCGAGAAGUCCGUGUCCUUCAGCGACGAGCCACCAGAUAUGAAUUCUCCAAAGCAGCAUUCACCUCAACAUGCAGCGGAUACAAAGCCUACGAAACCGGCUAUCAAAUCUUCAACAUUACCGAGAAUGUCUUCGCAAGAGAGAGAACGAGAAAGGCACAAACCUACACCACCACCGAAACCAGUUGCACUAACGACAGGACAAUAUGUCUAUGGAGAUUUAACCCUGGCACCGGAAAUGUACAAUCAACUUAGAGUUUUACAAAAGAAGGCAAAAGAUCUCAAUCAAGAAAAAAGAAAUUUACGACGUAUGGCUCAAGCUCAAUCGCACACUGUUCGAGAAAGUAUUAGAGAUGCCUACAUUACGAUUAGAGCAAUGUUAAUGUCCUUGGGAGAAAAUGCAUUGACAGCUGGUGAUACAGAAAAGCUGCGAUUAAGUCGAGAAGAGGAUCUCUAUAAACAAGAAAUGCUGUGGUUAGAAAAAGAUCUCACCGGCCUUGAAAGUACCGUGGAAGAACUUCGAGGCAACGUCAUCAAUAGAAAAACUCGAGUUAACAUGUCGGAUGUUGAAAAUAUGGCAUUGAUUCUCAAUAAAGCGAGCAAAACGGUUGCUGAUCUCAAAGUGAGAUUCCCGAGUCUUCAGGAAGGUAUGAAGGGUCUUCUGAGUUCUGAAAUGGAAAAAGUCAUGCGAGAAGAAAAAUUCCUUAAGGAGGAGCCUGACCGAUUAGAAUCAGUAUUAAAACGUUGCAAAAAGUUGACUGGUACUCUCGUCACUCUCAAACGCUUAGCAUCGGUGCAAGAGCAGCGAUUACCAAAUGCAGGAAGUGUUGACGUAGAGGAGACGCCACCAAUAACACCAACAUCGACGCAGCACUCUAAGACAACUGCCCCAGUGCCAGCGGAACGCACUAUUGUGGGGUCAACGAGCAUCAUUGGGGGAGGGGCCCACGUUACCGACUCAUCCACCCCCAAUCAGCAGCGUCCGGAGAACGCACUCGACGCUCUGUUAGAUGAACUACAAACAUUUUCACGACCUGCCUCACAAUUAAGUCAGGCCUCAAACAGCAGUCAUCAUCAUCACAAUCAUCCACCGACCUUAGCCGAUUUAGGAAGGUCAGCGAGUCACAUUAUUCAAACAAACAGUCGUGCUCCAAAUAUAUCCGAUAUCGGCCGAAAAGGAAGUAUCGAUUCAACAACAAAUUUGCCAAUAUUAACAACAAAUAAUAGCAAUAGCAACAACAAUACUCUACGUAGAUUACACUCCUAUCCAUCCAGUUCUGACACCGAUACAUCGCCACCAAUUGCAAGAUUACAAGUAUCAAAUGAUAACAGUAAUAAUAUUACAACACCUCAAAAACCACCUGUGCCCGAGAGAAAUGCCGAAUUAUUACAAAUUGCAACAGCAAGACGUGUACCACCACCGCCACCUCCGAGAACAAGUUCACGAUCACCAUUGGCAAGUCCAACUAGUCCUCAAUUACCACCGAGAAAUCCAACAACAACGCUGACAACAACAACAAUUGUUGGUGGUGGUACUUUACGAAGAACGAGAAAUAAUGGCAAACCACCAAUGGCAUUGCCAACAAAUACAAAUUCCGAUGAACAAAAUCAACAACAACAACCCGCUAAUAAUAUUGUUUCAACAAGUAAUUCAAGUUCAUGUGAAAGUGUCAAUUCACAGGAGGGUAUACAAAAUAAAAAAGGACGACACGAACAACUUGAACAACGACAUCAGGAACUUUUACGUAGGCAAAAAGUUCUUCAAGAACAAUAUACACGUUUACAACAAUUUCAAAAUGCACCGCCAGCACCUUCGGAUUUAUUAAAAAAAACCGGCUCCGAAAGUAAUUUAUUGGCUAAAAUGGGCCUUGGAAUGAGUACAACAACAACAACAAAUUCUGGUUCUUUAACAAGUUUACUUGCAACAAAAUCGAAUUCUGAACCAAAUUCCAAUAAUAGUCAACAGAAUAAUAUUCAAAAUGCCAAUCAAACGACAACAAACAAAAUUUAUGAAACUGAUAUUCUGUGACCGGAAAAUUUCAAUUUCUUCUUCUUCUACUACUAUUUCUUCUUUCUCACUUUUAAGGAAAGAAUUUUUGACACUAGAAACAAUUUUUCAAAACAUGACAAUUUAUCAGUUUAGAAAUUUUCAUAUUAUAUCAAAGUGUGAUUUUGGAAAUAGAGCAGAGAUUUUUCAGCUCGGGGGAAAAAUUCUAAAAAGAAUUUUUUAAAUUAAGAAACAAGAUUCGAGUAAUUCAAAAAAAAAAUUCUAAAUCUUUCGUGACUAGAAAAUUAUGUCAGCAGCAUUUUUGAAUUGUAAAGAAAAACGAAUUUAACGAUUCAAGAUGAAAAAAUUUGUUUUCAAAACUGGAUUUUCCAAAGGUGAGAAGAAUUUUUAAAUAAAAAAUUAAUCUUCAAUUUGAUUUUGUGAGUCUUUUGUAAAAAGAUAAAAAUUGAAAACUACCGAGCUGAAAAGUUAAAUUUGGAAAGAAUUCCAAAUAGGAAAUUUUUUUACAAUCGAGAAGGAACGAAAAUUUUUUAACAUUUCUCAACCCCAAGAAAAAAACGAUUUCUGUGCCCAGAAAUAUUCUAAAAAAAAAAAAUUUUCUAGAUAAUUUUCAAAGAAUAAUAUACAGUUGCAAAAAAAAAAAAAAUUUCCACAAGCGAAAUGUGUGUGUCAAUAUUUCAUCACUAUCGCCAUUCGAAUCAACGUUUUACAAUAUAUAUAUAUAUAAAUAAGAAAUAUCCUUUUGAUAAAACCAAUCUUGGUUGUUGUUCCGUUUAAGGCCAAAGUAAAUAAUAGAAAGAAAAAAAAAAACUUUUUUAUCGUGACUUCUUUCAAAUUGUAAUUUUCAAACAUAUUUUCAAAUGUUUACAAUUAGAUAUAAAAAUAUAUAUAUAUAUUGAGAUACCGAUCUUUUACUAGGGAAAAAAAAAAAUGAUUUUUAAAACUAUAGAUAAAGGAGAAUAUUUUAUUCAUCCGAAUUGGACUAUUAUAAAUAGCAGUAUUAAUAGUCAGAACAUUUUUUGAGUGAUCUAUAGUCAAAAUUUACGACUGAUUCUAUUAAUUAUAUAUAUAUAGUCGAAAUUCACGAGCCAAAUUUUCGACCUAUCGAAACAAUUAAUUAAUUACUCUUAUAAUUAAUUAAUUAACAGUCGAAAUUUUUACAAGUGAUUUAUUAAUAGCCAAAAAAAAAAAAAUUUUCGACUGAAAUAGUAAAAAAAAAAAAAAAGAGAAAAAAAUUAAUAACGAGUGAUCUUAUUAAUAAUUGUGCAAGUUGCGAUAAAAUUUAUUGGAAUCUUGUGUGUGGUUAUACCUUCUGGGAAAUUGCAAAUUCAGCUAAUUAUCAAGUAUUGCUAUAAUAUCGAUUAAAAAACAAAAAAACAAAAAAUAAUAAUAAAAAAAAAAAAAAUGCGUCUAGCGAGAGAAGUGUUGAGCAACAUGAGUUUGCGAUGAGCUAUUUGGCAACAACGCGUAUUAAAACUGAUAUAAAUGUGCACGACAAGAAUGAUUUAUAUCUAUAUAUAUAUACAUAUAAAUAUAUAUAGAAUUUAGUAAAAAAUAAAAAAAAAAUCGUGCGUAAUAGCGAAGCGAAAGACUUAGAAGUUUCUCAAAUUGUACCGUAACUCUGAAUAACGAAUUUAAUUAAAUAAAAUAUUUAACAUUG